GAGUGCUCUGCCUCCAAUCUCCAUUUCAACAAAUCCCCUGGUUGCCUGUUACUCACUCUCUUCUCCCUUCUACCAUUAAACUUAUCAGUUUCUAAUCUCCUUUUGUACCACUAACUCUUUAGCUCUUGCCCAUUACACUAUAGUUACAGAACGUUACACAUAGAUAUGGAAGAUCUGUACACAGAUCAUGGUGAUGAUAAUGGAGAUCAAGCUGCUGCAGAAGGACUGCUACUUCCAGAAGCAGGGGAUCACGAUCAAGUUGAGGAAGAAGAUGACAGGAAUAUGAUCAAGUGGCAGAUUGCAGGCCACCCACUCUACCCAAGCUUAGUUUCUGCUCACAUCGACUGCCAGAAAGUGGGUGCUCCUCCAGAAGUUGUCUCUCUUCUUGAAGAGAUCAUGGAUAUGAGAUCAUCAUCAUCAUCAUCUUCAUCAACAGCAGCACACAACUCAUCAUCUUGCAGCAACAAUGUUGAUCACCACAUCAUGAUGAUCAAUGAUCAUACGAUCGGAGGAGCUCCUGACCGCGAUCCUGAACUCGAUCGCUUCAUGGAGUCAUAUUGUGAACUCCUUCAUAGUUACAAGGAGGAAUUGAGCAAGCCAUUUCAAGAGGCAACAAGCUUCUUGACCACCAUGGAAUCCCAACUCACCAAUCUUUGCAAACUCACUUCCAAAGCCUUGGCUGCUGCAGUCUCCUCCUCCUCCCAAUCAGCUGCAAAUGAUCAUGAUCAAGGGCAAGAGGAGCACGCAGAGAGCAGCCAUAAUUACUACCAGGAACAACAACCAUUAGGCGGCGGCAGCAGCCGGCGAGAGCUGAGGGAAAUGCUGCAAAGGAAGUACAGCGGCUACUUGAGCAAUCUGAGGAAAGAGUUCAUGAAGAAGAGAAAGCCAGGCAAGCUCCCCAAGGAUGCCACGGCCGCACUCUUGGAAUGGUGGACUCAACACCGCAGAUGGCCAUAUCCCACCGAAGAAGAGAAAGUGAAGCUGUCAGAGACGACGGGGUUGGACCAGAAGCAGAUCAACAACUGGUUCAUAAACCAGCGGAAGCGCCAUUGGAGGCCAUCCCAGGAUUCGAGCUCCAGGGUUGCUCUCGUCCCACACCCGAGGUGAAGGAAAUGGACCUUCAACCUUCACUGCAACGUUGGGCCCUGGCCCAAUAUUGCUCGAAGACUAUGUCCAGCUGCAGGCCCAUCGGUUGAAAGAGAGAAGUUCGAUUGGUGAUUAAAGAUUGUAAUUGAUUGGGUCAGGUGG